AUGACUAAUGGAUAUGAUGUGCAAUUAGUUAAUACCACACAACCACCAGAUGGACAUUUUGGUCAAGUAGUAUUAGGUCAACAAAGAAAAUUUGACACAUAUGGCAUGGUAACAAUUGUAUCAAACUUCACUGGCAUGCAGUUAUACAUAGAUCCUUCCGGACCACCACUAAAUUUCUACAAAUCUGUAUCAUGUUUCGAUGCACCAGUACAAAGAUGUCGACAAGAACUAAAAACAUUACUUCUCACCAAAGAAAUAUUAUGUCUGGGAAUAACAAAUCCAACUAGCAUGGAAACCAAAUUCACAUUGUCAAUAAGUUUUACUUCAGGUGUUCCCAUCCCAGUCCUAAAUAUACCACCCGUAUCAGGUACCAUCACCUCUUCUACAACAGGACCAAUUAUAGUUGUGAAGCAACUAGUAAGGAUCCUUAUUAUUGGAAAUUGA